CCCCUCCAUCUAUCACAUGGCCGGAGAGCCACAAAAACAACCGCUUCGGUCAAGCCCGGGACCUCAGGCAGGGGAGCCCCGGGCUCUCGGGCCAGCCCCCGCCCAUGGAGGAGAGUUUUCUUGAAUCCUUUGGGAGGCUGAGCCUCCGGCAGCGGCAGCCGCCGCCUCGGCCGCCGGCCCCGCCGCCCGCGCGUGGGACCCCGCCGCGCCGCCCCGGCUUUAGGAAGCACCUCUACCUCCUGCGCGGCCUCCCGGGCUCGGGGAAAACCACGCUGGCCAGACAAUUGCAACACGACUUUCCCAAGGCCCUGAUUUUCAGCACGGAUGAUUUUUUCUUCAGGGAAGAUGGUGCCUAUGAGUUCAAUCCUGACUUCCUGGAGGAAGCUCAUGAAUGGAACCAGAAAAGAGCCAGAAAAGCAAUGAGGAAUGGCAUAUCCCCCAUUAUUAUUGAUAAUACCAACCUCCACGCCUGGGAAAUGAAGCCCUAUGCAGUCAUGGCACUUGAAAAUAACUAUGAAGUUAUAUUCCGAGAACCUGACACUCGCUGGAAAUUCAACGUUCAAGAGUUAGCAAGAAGAAACAUUCAUGGAGUCCCAAGAGAAAAAAUACACCGAAUGAAAGAACGGUAUGAACACGAUGUUACCUUUCACAGUGUGCUUCAUGCAGAAAAACCAAGCAGAAUGAACAGAAACCAGGACAGGAAUAACGCAUCCCCUUCCAACGGUGCAGGAUACUGGAACGCCUACGCGGAGUUUCCAAACCGGAGAGCUCACGGUGGUUUCACAAACGAGAGCUCCUUCAACAGAAGGGGUGGCUGUCACCAUGGAUAUUAGAGGCCUGACAGGCAUUCAGAAUUUUCCUAAAUUGGUUUUUACUUCAAUUUUUGGUAUUUAUUCUUUGUUCAGUUUUACUGAGAGCUCUAAUUCCAGUGUAAAUAGUUGAACCCGAAAGUUUUUGAGCAGAAGUCUUCAUAUUCACCUUCAACAAGCAUUCGUUCAAGUGAUCCUGUGUGCGUGGUCUGAUGCUGGGAAUUCUGCAGGUUUGAUUAAACAGUCACUUUCUCUAGGGAAAGAGUUAAUUUGAAACUGAAACUUGAGAACAUACCCAAGAACAUAAUCACUCACAUAGGUUCAUACAUGAAAUAAAGUGUUUAUAAUGUAUAUAAUCUUCAGUACCAUUUCUCUGAAGUAAUCUAUUUUUUCAGGAACUUCAGCUCCAUCGGGGAAGCUGGAAAGGUGAGGAAGUGAGCAGGACAAGCUUUAGUGCUGUUGCUGCUUUGAUAAUCUAUGUCUCCCAAAAUGUGAGAGGUGUGGCUGUAAAGAUGAUGUGGAUUUUUCUUUUAAAAUGAAUAUGUUAGUAAGUGUACAUCUAAGGGAAGUGUCCUUCAAAUUGGACACUUUGGGAAACUAUUCCUUUAUUCUGGUGAUGUAUCAUUGUUAAAAAUGUCUGUUGAAUCCUUCCUCAUAGCUAUACAGCUACUGAGAAAAAUCAGUGACAUCAUUUAAACUCACAUCUUGUGUUUUAAACUACCAAUUUACUGAAUAGGAUUAAACCUGAGGAACUUUGGCUGUUGUGCUAAUAGUGUAAAUAAAACAAGCUUGCCUUUAUAAAACAUCAAUUUUUAAACAGAAUAAUUAAGCAAUUUUUAAAAUUAUGCCUAUAAACGUGUGUAAUUAGUUGGCAGCCCAAGUGUUCGGGAGUGCGAGGAGGCAGGAAUCCCAGGAUGCAGCUCACACAGGGAGACGUAAAGGUCACGCUCAGUGUCAGGGGAGCAGUCUUGGUGUUUUAUGUGGCAUUUUUUUAAGACAGUAAAGUUCUACCACAACUCUGGAAUGUCCCAAUACUGAAUUUAUGAAUCCAAAUGAAAUCUCAACAGGUUGGAAUCAGAUUAAUUUGGGGUGAGACCGAGAUAGACAAGACCAUGUAGGAUGUAUGCUUUCUUUCUUGUUGGCCAACAGCUUCUUUCUAACGUUCUGUGAAGUAUUAUUUUAAGUGUCCUAUAUUAUGGUGCUUUUACAGUUAUUAAAAAUUAUAUAUGGUAUUGCUUUA